AUGAACGCGUCCACCUUGAAGAAAGGAGUUGUGGAGUUUGAAAAAGGCAAAUUAACUUUCGACUGUAAAACCUCCAAAAUGCGUUACAAGAGAAUAGAAAAGUUGUAUUUGCCGAGUAAAAUAACACUCUUUGGAGUGUCUGGACAUGCUAAAGUUAACAUGUCUGCUUUUGGACAGUUGACUUCGUUGGAGUGUUUGUGUGAUGCGUAUUGUGUAUUAAAGAAUUUGAUGCACCUCAUAGAAUUCACAUUGAAAGGGAAGGCAGAUACAGUGCCGGCUUCUGUCGAACAAUUGAUUUUGAAGGAAAACGCCACAAUUGAUAUCAUACCAAAGGAAAACAAUGUCAUUCGGUUGUUCACAGAAAGUCGCUUUGUGGGUGUGGCCGCGUUUACACAGUUGGAGAAACUCAAGUUGGCUCGGCUUGAGAUUCCACCGCUGGAAAUGCUCACCAAACUCACUGCACUUGAUUUGUUCCAAUGUUUCUAUCAUGCUGGGGUGUCAUUCCCAAGUUCGUUGAAAUCACUUCAUAUUGAAAAAAUGGCUUUGGACGAUCACUUUAUAAAAAUGGCGAGUCAAAAUUGCUGUCUGAGUGAAAUGAAAUUGGUGGACUCUGUGUUAUGGGAAAAUUCACUAAACCGGUUUAACGUAGAAAAGUUGUUUUACUCGGGAAGUAGCACCCCACUACUUCCGACAAGUAUCAAAACGUUGGAACUGUGGACGUUGGACACGAGAAUCGACAUCUCGUCGUUGUCCAAUUUGAAACAACUUGCACUGAAUAACGCGUGUUCGAAUUCUUUUGUAUUUCCAAAACAUAUCAAGACACUGAUCAUCGGCAUUUGCGACCGAAUCGACAAUUUUGAGAAUUUGAGAAUUGACAACUUGUACAUCUCAUUUCCACACCAACUUGAAGAGUGGGCAAAUCAGUGGGUCACCACUCUGAGAACCGACACGAGUUUUAAUGUUACUAAUGUGGCGAAGCUCUUUCCAAAUCUCCGAAAGGAGUCAGGUGAAUGGUAG